AUGGAGGAGGAGGUGGUGGAAGCUCUUCGAUUUGGCGGCAGAGACGGGCGGAUUGCGGCAGCGAGGGAGGUUGCUAAGUUUAGUAGUAAGCAAAGACGGGGUGUGGCUGAAAAGGGAGUUUUUUCACCAUUGGUUUUGAUGCUCUGUGAGAAAGACUAUGAAGCCACUGAAGCUGCACUCUUUGCUCUGCUUAGUCUGGCCUUUGGAAGUGAAAGAAACAAGAUUCGCAUUGCAAAAUCUGGUGCAAUACCAGAGAUUUUAAAGAUUAUUCAAUGCCAAAUCGAACCAUUGCUUGACCUAGCAGCAGCAGCCCUCUUGAUCCUCUCUUCUUGCACACAAAACAAGCUAGAAGUUGCAGCAUCUGGAGCGAUUCAACUUCUUAUUAAUCUCCUAAAUUUAAACUGUGAAAAUAUAAGUAUGCAGGCAAAGCUUGAUUUCGUAUCAACUCUCCACAAUCUUUCAGCAUGCCCACAAACUGUUGGACAAAUUGCCCGUUCGGGUUGUGCAGCAUCCGUGCUUCAGCUUGUCUAUGGCUUAGAAAAAUCAUCAGAUUUGGUGGAGAAAAUUAUGGGUUUGCUUGACGAGAUUGUUUCUUCAUCAGAUAUUGCUCUGAAGGAGACUGCAGAAACCGGAGGCUCGAUCCCGGCACUGGUGGAGGCUAUGGAGGAUGGAUCAGCACAAUGCAAAGAACAUGCAGUGGGAAUUCUUCUAGUUAUAUGCCAGAAUUAUAGAGAUGGAUACAGAGGGAUUAUUUUGAGAGAAGGUGUUGUGCCUGGGCUUCUUCAGUUAAGUGUUGAUGGGACAUGGAGGGGUAAAGAAAAGGCCAAAGAAUUGCUUCUGCUUUUAAGAGAUUGCUCAAAUUGUGGAUCAAAAGGUAAACAAUCAAAAAAUGUGCUGUUGGAGAAGGUUAUGAGGAAGAUAGAUAGAGGAGAAAGAGGUGGAACCUCACUCGAGUUGGUCGAGGAGAUGAUUGCAAAACUUAGGACAUGA